AUGGAAACGUCGCGCGAGAUCGAUCCCAACGGAGACGUCAUUCUCUGUCUUCACAAUCCCGGCGCGCCGUUUGCGCGUCGCAUCUCGGAACCCGAGGAAAUACAGUUUCGAGUUUCAUCAAGGCAUUUGAUGCUGGCAUCCCCAUACUUCAAGAAAGCUCUAGACGGUCCAUGGGAAGAAUCAGCACCCGAUACGGCCGAUCAUCACCUGUACAUAUCCGCCGAGGACUGGGAUCCGCAGGCAUUUCUGAUCUUGAUGCACAUCAUUCACGGCCGCAACGGACAAGUCCCCAGGAGCGUCAGCCUCGAGUUGCUGGCCAAGAUUGCCGUUCUCGUUGAUUACUACGAAUGCUACGAGGCGGUCGAGGUCUUCGCCGAAAUAUGGCUACGACAACUGAAAGACCAAGUUCCGAAAAAGAUCAACAGGGAGCUCAUUCUAUGGCUCUGCGUGUCGUGGAUAUUCAGUGCGACUGACAUCUUCACGGCCGUAACGAAGACAGCCCUUGAGCAAGCCCGGGGACCGCUCCCGACAUUGUAUCUCCCAAUCCCACCUGCGAUCGUUGAGACGAUUGAGAGCCGCAGACAAGAAACCGUCGACAAGAUUUAUACGGUACUUAGUGAGCUCUAUGUGUUUUUCCGGGAUGGCCCAGAUCCAUGUCAUUUCGAGUGCUCGGCGAUCCGACUCGGUGCUCUUAUAAAGGAGAUACGGCCCAAACGACUUGAUCCCAGGCCAAAACUCCCACUGCUGGGUUAUUGCAUACAUAAGACUAAGAAAGCGGCAUGCAGUAUUCUCUCUCCCCCGACACGUGAUCCUCAUAAUAUUAGUACUGCGUCUGGUGGUCGUAAAACUUACGGGUCGUAUACUGUAUGUGGCCUUCAAUCCGCUGUUGGGGGAAAGAUGCAAGUCUUGGACUUAGCGGGGAUGCCGGGCAUGGAACUGAGUCAUUUCAAUGGCCGUCGCUCACCAAGGGGUCUAAAGUUACAGGUGGAUAUAGGAUAG